CCUAUUUAACUUCAGGAAAAUCAUCCUUAAGAGCUAUUGUCUUAAAUAAACUAACGUCGAAUGAAAUUGAUCAACUUAAGAAUACGAAAAUUGGUAUUAGACACGUAGCUCUAAUAGGAAAUAAUUUGGAUUCAUAUGUAAAGACAAUAAAUCAAGAGAAAUUAAUAAAAUUGGAUGAAUCGUGGAUAAUUGUUACGAACGAUACAAGCAAAUAUAAACUUGAAUCGGCAGUGACGCUUAUGAAGUUCACAUCGUGGGAAAAUGGACAUACAAAUAAAACGACGCGUGCUAGAACAUUAUUUAACUUCAUUUUCUACUUUCUUGGCCGUGUAUCACGAGAUCGUUUAAAACUUAAUUGUAACAUGAAUUCUGACAUGUUAGUGUUAGGAAAACGAAAAGAAACUGAAGAUAUACUGAACUCGUACGAAUACAAAAAUGAGUUUCAUUACGACAUCGAUACUAAACUAAUGACGUACAACGAACAAGCAACGAUACUAAAAUUCAGCCCGGACGGUGUACCUAAUCAAUUGGGUACGUGGACCAUAAAUGGAGGUUUAGAAAUGAAAUACGACGCUUUGACAGUAGUCAGCGGACGUCGAUUCUUCAGAGUUGGAACUGCAAAGUCUAUACCUUGGACGUUCAUGGAAGACGAGUGGAAAGGUUAUUGCAUUGAUCUAAUCGAAAAACUAUCUAUAGAAAUGAAUUUCAAAUACGAACUAGUCAUUAAAGACCAAUUUGGCGAGCUCGACCCAGUGACGAACAAAUGGAACGGACUUAUUGGUGGACUUGUGGAUGGAGAACUGGAUAUUGUUAUAGCUGCGCUCACCAUGACAUCGGAACGAGAAGAAGUUAUAGAUUUCAUUGCCCCCUACUUUGAACAAACAGGAAUAUCAAUAGUGAUCAGGAAACCAUCCAGAAAGACUUCUCUGUUUAAGUUUAUGACAGUGCUGAAACCCGAAGUUUGGCUUAGUAUCGUAGCUGCUCUGGCCUUGACUGCGUUCAUGAUCUGGAUACUAGACAAGUAUUCGCCGUACAGUGCACAGAAUAACAAACCCAAAUACGAACAAUUCCGGCAUUUCACACUCGUAGAGAGCUUUUGGUUCGCCUUGACUUCUUUUACGCCCCAAGGAGGAGGGGAAACGCCAAAAGCGAUCAGCGGCCGCGUCUUGGUCGCCGCAUAUUGGGUUUUCGUCGUCCUCAUGUUGGCUACGUUCACUGCAAAUUUGGCAGCGUUUCUGACGGUGGAAAGGAUGCAAACACCAGUACAGUCCUUACAACAAUUAGCUCGACAGUCCAGGAUCAAUUAUUCGGUGAUUGACGGUAGCGACGCCCAUCAGUUUUUUCGCAACAUGAAAAUGGCAGAAGAUAUUUUAUACAACGUAUGGAAAGAGAUAGCAUUAAAUCAAACAAACAAUCGAAAAGAUUUUCGAGUUUGGGAUUAUCCAAUAAAAGAAGAAUAUGGACAAAUAUUAGCAGCAAUAGAAAGAACUGGAACCGUUCCAAACAGAACAGUCGGAUAUCAAAUGGUAUUGGACAACGAGCAAGGUGAAUUCGCUCUAAUUCAUGAUUCGUCGGACAUUGAGUAUGAAGUUUAUAACAAUUGUAACCUGACUGAGGUAGGCGAAAUAUUUGCGGAAAGACCAUAUUCGAUAGCAGUCCAGCAAGGAAGUCUUAUACAAGAGGAAAUUAGUAGAAAGAUAUUGGAUUUGCAGAAAGAUAGAUUUUUCGAACUAUUGAACGCCAAGUAUUGGAAUGCUUCCAAAACAAGCACAUGUCCGAAUUCUGAUGAUAGUGAAGGCAUCACAUUAGAGAGUUUAGGAGGCGUUUUCAUAGCUACAUUAGUUGGCUUGUUGAUAGCAUUAAUUACACUUGCUUUUGAAGUUGUCUAUUUUAAACAUAAACGCGCAAAGAUAGCUGAAGUUAGUGUUGUUAAUAACACCAUUCAUAAGGAUAAGCUAUUAUACGGUCACGAGUUAUUCAUGACACUAGGCAGAAAUUCAAAUUCAGAUGAUCAAACACGUUGGGCAAACAAGAUCAAACUAGACUCAACUACAGGCCGACUAAACAAUGCAUUAUUUUUUCGUCAUUUUUUGUAA